AUGAAACAGUUAGAGACACUUGACCUCUCUUGCAACCAUCUUCAAGGUUCUAUUCCUCCAAGUAUAACUUCUCUAACUUUGUUGAGUCAUUUGAACCUGUCAAAUAAUAAUUUGUCUGGACCAAUCCCAUUGACAAAUCAGUUCCAAACAUUCAAUGAUCCAUAUAUUUACGAGGGUAACCCAGGACUUUGUGGAUCACCACUACCAACCAUGUGCGCAGACUCGGUGUCUAAAGAUGGAGGAACAACGGACAAGGAUGCAGAUCAAGAUGAGUCCGACAAGUUCUGGUUUUAUGUAAGCAUGGGGUUGGGAUUCAUUGUGGGAUUUUGGGCAGUUUGUGGCAGUUUGGCAAUAAACAAGUCUUGGAGGCACUCCUAUUUUCGGUUCCUGGACCAUGUGAAAGAUAAGUUCCUCUUUUUCAUUGCAAUGAAUAUGGCUCUUUUGCCAAGGCGUCAACCAAGCCUCACUGUUCAAAAGCAAAUGGAUAGCAGAAGAACAGCAUUUGAUCCACUUGUUUUUCUACUUUUCCUUGUUUUACUGGCUAAAGCAGAUCUUGUUCUAGCCAUAUGGUCUAAUUCUAGUGAUGGAAAUUCUACUAUCGGUUGCAUCAAGAAGGAGAGACGCUCUUCUUACAUUCAGACAAGUUACCUGGAUCUACAUGGCAAUGACUUCCGAGGAAUUAAUAUUCCAAACUUUGUGGGUUCUUUGAGGAAUUUGAGAUACUUGGAUCUCUCAGGAUCAUCAUUUUCUGGAAUGGUUCCUUCUAAUCUUGGGAACCUCUCAAAGUUGCUAUAUCUUGAUCUAAAUCCAGAUUUUUCUUCGGGAAAUCUUUGGUUAUCGGAUCUGUACUGGCUUCCUAACCUUUCUUCUCUGCAGUAUCUAAAUUUAGGAAGCGUGAACAUAAGCAAAGCAGCUAAUCAUUGGCUGCAAACUCUAUAUUAUUUCAACUCUUCUUCAAUUAUUCAAUGGUGGUUUAAUAUCACUACUCUCACAGACCUCAAACUUAGCAUGUCUAAUCUUAGAGGCCCAAUUCCUGAGGUUGCCAGGGGAUGUCUAUGCAAUUUGCAUACUUUUGAUCUAUCCGGCAAUUAUGAUAUUAAUGGUGAUAUAAAUGGAAUUGUGGACGCUUUAUCCGGAUGUAGUAAUGUUAGCCUAGAGGUUUUAGACUUGAGUAGUAACCAACUUAGAGGGAAUUUGCCAAAUUCUCUUGGAUACCUCAAACAUUUGAGAUACCUUUUUCUUUAUUCAAACUUGUUUUCUGGUCCAAUUCCACCAUCCCUUGGAGAUUUGACACAUUUGGAAAAACUGGACCUUUCUAACAAUCUUUUGAAUGGGACUGUCUUGGAAAGUAUAGGACAGCUUGCUGAGCUAGAGAGCCUAGAACUUUUUUCAAAUUCCUGGGAAGGCAUCAUAACUGAAAUUCAUUUCAUGAAUCUUACGAAAUUAUCAGUAGGUCCAGCAUUCCCCUUAUGGCUUAAAAGUCAAACAAAUCUGGGGGUUUUAACUCUUGGUGGAACUGGAAUUUCAGACAUAUUACCUGAUUGGUUUAGUAAAUUUCUUCCAUCGAUUGGGGAAUUAGACCUUUCUAGGAACAACUUAAGAGGAGAUCUUUCUAGUGUCUAUUUUCCUUCAUCCCUAUGGUUAGCUGGCUUCAAAGUUCCAGAAUUCUAUUUCAAAUUACAACCCACAGAACAACAAUUCUACCCCGAGUACAUGGAUUUGGUUACCAAGGGAAGACAAAAUGAGUACACCGAUGAUCAAACUUCGAUAGUAAAAGCGUUUAAUCUUUCAAGAAAUAAUGUCUCGGGUGAAAUCCCAGCGGCUUUGACUAAUCUUUCGAAAUUGGGAACUCUAAAUUUGUCACGGUCCCAGUUGACAGGAAAUAUACCGGAUAACAUUGGAGACCUGAAGAGUUUAGAGACUCUUGAUCUCUCAUGCAACCAUCUUGAAGGUCCACUUCCUACAAGCAUGGCUUCUCUAACUUCAUUGAGCCAUUUGAACCUGUCAAAUAACAACUUGUCUGGACCAAUUCCAUUAACCAACCAGUUCCAGACCUUCAAUGAUCCAUCGAUUUACGAGGGUAACCCAGGACUUUGUGGAUCACCACUACCAACCAUGUGCUCAAGUCACAGCCUACGAUGA